AAAAAAUUAAUAUCUAAAAAUAUUUACAAAUACCAAAACAAUUCAAUAAUAUCAAAACAUUCCAAUAAUAUCUUAUGAUUUGAACACAAUUGUAUAAUUGGCAUUAUCAUUUUGACAAUCAAUUACUAACUUUAUUUUAUUAUGUUCCAAGAUGGCUGCCUCAUUACCACAUCCAAAAAUCGUUAAAAAGCACCAAAAGAAGUUCAAACGUCACCACUCUGAUCGUUACCAUCGUGUCUCUGAAAACUGGAGAAAACAAAAAGGUAUUGAUUCAUGUGUUCGUCGUCGUUUCAGAGGUACCAUUUCUCAACCAAAAAUAGGUUAUGGUUCAAAUAAAAAAACUAGAGGUAUGAUGCCUUCUGGUCACAAAGCUUUCUUAGUUGCUAAUGUCAAAGAUUUAGAUUUAUUAUUAUUGCACACAAAAUCAUAUGCUGCUGAAAUUGCUCACAAUGUUUCUUCCCGUAAUAGAGUUGAUAUUCUCAAACGUGCAAAAGCCUUAGGUUUAAAAGUUACUAAUCCAAAAGGUCGUCUUUCUUUAGAAGCUUAAUUUUAAUACUAAAUAAAUUUUUAAUGAAAUUGAAGGGUCCAUUUAUUUUGGUUUGUUUAUUAUAAAAAAGGCAUGAAUAAUUUUAUUUCACCCUUAUUUCACUCAUUUGUAGAAAUAAAUAUCAAAAUGUGUAAAAUUACAUUUAUUAUAUUAUAUUAUAUUAAAUCCAAAUUGCAUGAUUGUCAUUAGUCUAUUUCAUUACAUAUCCUAUAUAAAA